CUUGACGAUCACCUGGCACAAAGAUGUUAAAGAAACUUUUGGCUACCAAAGUCCGUCCCAGAUUUCUUUAUUCACCACCGCUUUCAGAGUGUACUUUAUCUUACACUAAAUGCUAAGUGGACUGCCACUAAUGGAGUGCGAAUACUGCCGUACAUCCAGCCGCAAAUUCUUUUGCAGUUCUUGCGUUUCUGAAAAACUGCAAGAAUUUAACGCCGAGAUCAAGCCUAUUGUAGACGAAAAGAACGAACUCAUAAAGCAAGCUGAGGAUUACUUAAAAAUCAAAAACACUACAAAUUUACAUUUACUCCUGUCUGAACGAAGUCGGCGAGAGCGCGCAGUCUUGACAAGCACCCAGCAUAGCAGGGUAUUAGAGCGUGAAUGCGGAGCUGUAAGACAAAAGGUUCUUCAAUUACGAAGUCAGGUCGAACGAAGACGAGCGGCCUUACAAAGUUUGAAAAACAACCUCAAAGCUCAGCAUGCACAUCGUGAACUAGAGCAUCAAAAGGAGCUUGCCGUUGCUCAAAAGAAAUGGGCUCGUAUGCACAAGUCCAUGGUCACUACACGGCGUGUUUUAGUCAACGAACUUGUAUCAUUGUUCGAAAUCCAAUUUCAGGGAGAUGAAACAUUGGUUAUCUGCAAUGUUACGAUACCAAACCAUCUUAUUAACGUAUCCAAAAUCGACAAAACUGAACUAAAUGCCGCCAUUGGCCAUGUCAUUCACUCCACUACCCUUAUUGCCCGGUAUCUCGGCGUUAAGUUACCUUUCCUACUUGUCAACAACGGUAGAUAUUCACAUGCGAGAACAACUAGAUGGAAAGAUGGAAAGCAGACACAUAGCAAAAUGCCUCUUUUCCUAUCCGACCGAAAUCUACGAAAAUUCAUCGUCGGCAUGGCCAUGUUAAGUUAUGAUAUCGCCUACUUGUGCUAUACGCAACAUGUGGAUGUCCCCCUUAGCCAAGUAACAAAUGUUUUACAAAACCUUAUGCAAUGUUGUCGGGCAGAGCAUCUCGGAGAGCGUUCUCAUACCACGUUAUUUCGACCCGUAAAAGAUCAAUCAUUCUCCCUGGAUUUCAAUCAGGUUCUCCGUCUCACAGCCCUCAGAUAUCGACAAGAAGGAACUCAGAUUCUACCCACCAGCAUGCCCGAUGAUCGGACAGACGAUCCAUCCUCAAACGACAAACAUUUUUACAAAGUAUCAAGCGUCAAGGACCAUGACGAAAACGAUGGUCGGUACCGAAUAGGCAUUGCCGAAGGUGGUCGUUUUCAGAGCAGCGAUGACGAGGAUCACACUGGGGUAAUGGAUGGCAGAUCGGACGCCGAUAAUGAUGAAAACUGGAAUAUUGUGGAUUUGCUGCCAACCUACAAUGAAAGCGAUCCUGAUGAGGAUGAAGAAGAUCUUCUGAAGGAUACGGAAACCGGAUUAAUGUCUUUCAACUUGUCGGCUUCCAAUCUUGUGCCCGGAGUUUUAGGUAUGAUGGAAACAUUAGGUAGUCGUGGUAACGACAUGAGUGGCAUAGCGUAUACCUUUGGACUCCCAACUUUUGGAUCUCGCGGUUCAAAGUGAUUUUCAUCACACAAAAAUGAAUUACCCUGUAUUAUAAUGUAAAGAUGACUGAGUGAACAAGCGAGUCCUUGUGUUUCUAUUUUAUUUUUACUUUUCUCUCUGUUGUAGAUAUGUCCAGCAGUAGUUUUGUACAUUAUUUGAUAUUAUUAUCGGCACGUGGAAAGAAAAUACAUUAUGCUGAAACAGAA